AAGGAACGCCUUCACCUCCACGCCGCCGCCGCCGCCGCCGCGUGGGCUAGCCAGACAGAACAGAUCAGCCUCGAGGUUCUCGCCGUCCUGAUCACACAGAGGUAGGCGCCCGCCUCUACCUCGCCGACUCAAUCCGCGCGUUCCUCCCCCGCGGCCCGCCCAUCAUGAGCCUACUACCGUUCUUCGUGGCCGCGACCGCCCUCGUCACCUUCGCAGCCGCGCACGAGCACCACGGCGAGGCUCCUACCUGCGCCGGCGGCGGUGGGCGCGUGCUAGCUGAGUUCCGCCCCGGGGAGGUGACCCUGGACGGGCACCCCGCCGACUGGGAUGCGGUGGAGGCAUCGGAGUUCGCGUUGCUGCCGGCGCUCGACCCCGACGAUGACAAGGCCUACCCAGGCGGCAAGGUCGCCGUCAAGGCUGUGCAUGAUGGCGUCAACGUUUUCUUCAUGCUGAAAAUUGAUGGGGGUUAUGCUUACUCUAAAGGCGAAAAUAAAAAGUGCCCUUCUGUUGCUCUGAUGUUCCAAGUCGGAGAAAAAGCCACAUAUUAUAAUAUGGGAGGGUGCAAAGAUUUGCCUGGUUCUUGCACGAGGAAAAGUUGCAGAGGUUAUGAGGUCGACAUUAUGCACUUUUCAGUAGGCAAUGCUAUUCCUGGACGUCUUUAUGGUGGCAAUCACAUGGAUAAUGCAGUUGGAACUGGAGCUGAUAGAUUUGGUCAUCUUGUUGAUGUCUAUGCAUGGAAUCCCCAUUGCCGCUACCUUGAUGGUAUAGGUCCUAAAGAAAACAAUUCAAAUGCUCAAAAUGAUUGGCAUGGGGCUUGGUGGCACAGUUCCCUGACCUUCCAUUCAGGUUUUGUGGAUGAUGACAGUCCUUAUGGAAAACAAGAUGACAAGGGCACAUAUUACUUCGAGUUCUCGAGGCCCCUAAGAACAAUGGACCAGUUUCAGCAGGAUGCACAGUUCACAAUAGGGGAGCCCAGUAAUAUGGCAGUAGCUUUCUGGUACCCAACCGGAGGCAAACCAUGGAGCAACUCCGAGCAUUAUUCAGCAAGCUGCAACUGGUUGUCUCUGGAUAUACAACCUUCGGUUGACGCUGUUCAAUACCGCCCAUCUCCUAAUCGUUCUUGGGAUGCUGCAACUGCCUUUGCCUUGCUCCUUUCAGUAGUAGCCGUUUGUGUGUCUAUAUUUGUGGGCUAUUCAGCUUCUAAGAACAAGAGCAGCAUCCAGUUUACGCCACUUGAGGACAUCAGUUGAGGACAUCUAGUUUUCUGAGGAGAAGAAUUUGGUUGCACUUGAGUGUUGUAAUUCGCAAGGCAACGGGAUACUGGUUCAUCUGUAUGCAAUAGUGACGGCUUGUAAGGACCCUUAUACACUUUGAGGAAGAGGGAUUCCCGAGUUGCUAUUGGGAUUAUUAGUGUAGGACACAGAAAAUCCAUACUACACACAACCGAUUUUGAUUGUAACUUGCAAGGUAACUUUUUGUAGAUGUUGUAUGCAGUUCAUAUUGUUACUACUGACAUCGCUACAUGUAUAUCUAAUCCCAAUACACUUGUUGCACCAUUGGGGGUGUCGUAAAUUCG